AUGAAGAGCUUCUCAAAGGUCCUCUUGGCUCUGUUGGGCAGCGCCGCGGCACAGACCACGACGGUGAUUGAGGUCGUAAACCCCUUUUUCGGGAACAACCCUUAUGACGCUUCUGUUGUGAAUGUCAACCCUACCGCGACGACUUAUGCCGUAUACUGCCAAACGAACAGCACCAACUACCAAUGCCGGAAUGACCCCGCUGGCCUGGUCCUCACACUCGUGGGCGGCCCCUCGACCGUCGAGGUCCACGUCGAACGACCCAAAAGCGAACUGUAUGAUCUAGCCCAUGGCGAGCUGUGCCUCAUGGGUAGCGUCUUAAUGGCUCGAGGGACCUCGACCGCGUACAUCGGCACCAUCUCGGGUGACCAGCUGGAUUACCACGUGGUCGCCACCCAGAGUGGACAGACUAUCAAGAUGGCCGACAUGGUCUUGUCGCCCGUGACGAACUCGGAUGCCCGCGUGCCCCUCACCAUCACCGCCGGCAUCGAGAAGCUGCAGGCCCAGGCCACCGCGGCCGCGACGACGACGACGACGACAGAGUCCAGCGGCGCGCAAACCGGCCCAUCUGCCACAGGCACGCAGGCUUCCCCAACGUCCACGCCGAACGCCGCGGUGUCGCGGGCCGGUCAGGAUGCUCUCUUGGCUGGACUCGCCGGCGCCGCUGCUGUGGCGGCAGUCAUGCUGAUCUAA